CUGAGGAGAGACAGGAGUAAGGUUGGAUGGGGGGGGGGGGACCCCAUACCGCUGGAGGAUGUAAUUUAUUAAAACUUAUUUACUGUCAACUUUAUUUGUACCUCACCAAACUUUGCCUGCUUUGCUUCUAAUCCAUAAAACCAGGGUCUGGCUCUGUUCCCCCUGCCUCUCCAAUCGGUGUGGCCCCUCCCUCAUGUAAUGAAGCCGUGUUAUUGAUUAACGUGUGACUCACGGUGCUGGCGUGUGGAGGUGCCGGUGGGCGGGGCCAACAUGCUUGCUGCUUAUCUCCGCCCUUGGACUCCACAAUAAGUGUCCUUAGAAGGAAAGCCCGUCCGCCCGCCGACUGGGGAGGAAUUUAUUUAUUUAUUUAUCUGAAAUCUCUAGACAGUCUCUAGACCCCCAGUUUAAAAACAACUCCGUCAUCAAACUCACUUUUCUUUUCUUUUUUUUGCUCAAUUACAAGAUUCCUGCAUUCCUGCUAAUCAGGGGCUGAGUGUUUUUAGGUCUGAUAACAGCGGGAGGAAGAGGAGGAAGAGGAGGAAGGCUUGCUCUGGUCUGCUGAAGCCGCGCAGGGAGCAGCGGCAGCGGCGGGGACAUGGAGAUGCUGCGGCGCUCCUCCGUGUUUGCGGCCGAAGUGUUUGACCGCUCGCCCACCGACAAGGAGCUGGUGUCCCAGGCUAAGGUGCUGUGCAGGGACUACAUCCACGCCAGGCUGAACCGCGCCGGGCUCGGCUGGUCCAAACCUGAGCAGGGAGCGGCUGCAGCGGGGGGGAAGCUGGCCGAGGUGUCCGCGGUGGUUCAGUGGCUGGGUGAUGAGCUGGAGUACCUGCGUCCCAGUGUGUACCGCAACGUGGCUCGGCAGCUGAACAUCACGGUGGCAGUGGAGGGCGUGGUGUCCGACGCCUUCAUGGCCAUCGCUGCCGACAUCUUUUCAACAGGAGUGACGUGGGGGAAGGUGGUUUCCUUGUACGCCGUGGCGGGGUCUCUGGCAGUGGACUGUGUCCGCCAUGGUCAUCCAGCUAUGGUCCACACCAUCGUCGACUGCAUGGGGGAGUUUGUCCGGAAGAGUCUGACUCCCUGGUUAAAGAAGAGAGGUGGCUGGGCGGACAUAACGAAAUGCGUGGUGAGCACCAGCCCCACCCUCUACUCUCACUGGUUGGUGUCUGCCGUCUUUGCCUUUGGACACUACCUGAAGGCCGUGGGCUUGUACCUUCUCCAGGAGAAGUGAGAGACUGAGCCACACACUGGACCUGCCAGCACCAGGAGAGCCUCCACCGCGCGGGAUUAUGUUUACACUGUUUUGCACUGAGCCUCAGCCGAUGAUCCACCGGACCCUGCUGGCUCGGUGGGCUUCGGCCUGUCUAUUUAUUGUUAGCGCUGCUUGUAUUAAGGCACGCUUUUUAAGUGAGUUUACACGGUCACAUUUUGUGUCAUUUUUCCUUCUUAAUUAUUUUUUUUUCCCCCCUCAAACUGCUGCACUGCAUGUAUUCCUAUAUGGGUGAUUUGCAUCGCCCCCUUGUGGCCUUCAAUUGUAAAGGCGUCACUGUGAUGAAUAACAGACAUUAAUCGUUAGUUGAACAAAGAUUUCCACAUCUCAACAUGGUGGUAUCCAUAUCCCAAAAGCUGGUUUCACUAUUCACACUGGAUUGAUAAUUGUGCAAGAGAGUGCGAAAAGCUAUCAGAGGUUAAAGUUAAAAAACACAUUUUGUAUGAAUCUCUUAUUAAAGGGACAUGAAGGAAAGCAGUUAGCAAAUGUUCUUUGCCGUUAAGUAAAACAUAAACUAUAGAGUCUCUUGCUAUAGAUUUUCAGUCACACGCUGUAACCAAGUUUACUUUGGAUUUUAUAGGCUAGACCCACACAAAGUAGUAUAGGAAAAAUAACACAUGGCUUUCAAAUUUUAUUACACAAAUCAGAAAUCUAAAAAAGUGUGGCAUUCUUGUGUAUUGCAACCCCCAGAAUGAAUUCUUUGUAGAAACGUCUUUUCCUGCAUUAAUGUUUGUUCAGGGUAAUGUGCAGUGCUCCUUUUCCAUCACACAAAGCACCUGCAUGGAGGCCAGGAAGUUAUCUUUGUGAUCUGAACACCCUCUUCUACAUGUUUGAACAGAGCUGGGAAAUGCUUAAAGCUUGGACUGUUGUUUUUAUAACCUAACCGCGCUUUAAAAGUCUCAUUAACUUUUUGCCUGAGCUGCUUGCUGUGUUCCUCCUUGGUGAUGAUGUUGUUUCCUACCUGAUAUUCCAACAACCUGCUGAGGCCCUCACAUACCAGCUGGAAUUACAAUGGGAAUAAAUUACACACAAAGGUGAACUCUAUUUAGUAAGUAGGUGAGUUUUGAUGGCCAUUGAAUACAUUGGAAUUUGAAUAGGGGCAUUGAAGUAAGGGGAACAGAUGGAUACCAGACUUUUUAGAUUUAUUUUUAUUAUUAUUAUUAACAUCAUUUUCAUUCCAGUUCAUAAACAUGAAUGACUGUGUUGGUCUGUUGCAUAAAAUCCUUAGUAAAAUCCUUAAAUGUUUGUGGAUGUGAGAAAGUGUUAGGAUGAUCAAAUGCUUUUGCAAAGCGUUGUUUUUCAGCAUUACUCACUGCUGUACAAGUAGUUUGUGUCAGCAUUGUAGAGCUAAAUGAGUCCUAAAGUGGUCCAGCUGGGAAUCUCCAGUCCUGUUGUUGCAACAGAACACAAGAAUCUGCUUCAAACCUGAGUUGAUGUUAGACGAAACGUUUGACGUCAAAUACUGCCAACUGUGCAGAGUUCGUUUUCCACUGCUCUUAGUUUUCCUGCAGCUUCUCCGUUUCUACAAAGUUUGGAACAAAGAAAUGUUUUCGGAAACUUUUAAGCACGAGUUAUGUUCUCUUUUAGAAAGCUUCAUGUUGAGUUCCAAGAGAUUCCAGGCAUGCUUUCCUCCACGGCUGUGGUUGACUCUGAGCUGAUGUUGCUGCACUGUAGAGGAGCUGAUGUAAGUUGUGUGUUGUCUACGAGCACAAUCAUGCACUGGCAGUUUGUGAGUACAUUUUAUUCAGUGAAUAAUAUCACUGCUGUGUGUAUCUUUAAGUAGCCUACCAAAUAAGCACACGUUUGUCAUUAAUCAGAGCUGUAAAAUGGCAAUAAAUGCUUUGAAAA